CCAGUCAGAUGAUGCCGACGACGACGAUGCUGACGACGAUGCCGACGACGAUGCCGACGAUGACCAAAGCGACGACUGAGGCCCUCUCUCUGUUCACGCCGAUGCCUCUAUGACUCCCUUCUCGCUAUCGCCGCAAAUGCCUGCUUGCGCUUGUCGCAGCCGUGCCACCACUCAAUCUCUAUAUUGCCCAUUGCAUUCGCUCUCUGCCGCGCUCUCCCAGCCGUGGCUGCACAUGUUCGAUAGACCACCUCACCUAAUCACCCCGGCCCGCCCUCCAAGGCUGUCCCCACGCUGCCACAUCAUUCUUGCACGUCGUUCUAGUCGUUCUAGUCGUUCUAGUCGUUCUAGUCGUUCUAGUCGUUCUAGUCGUUCUAGUCGUUUACCGGUCCUUCGCCGCUGCGAUGAGCACAUUUACAACGCAUCCGAAACGAAAUGGGACAUCUCCUGUUCGAGCCAGGGCCCGCUGUUAACUGGGUCCUGGAUGCACUUCCCCCCGUUUCGUUGUGAAAAUGCUGCGCCAUGUACUAUUCCCUCCAAUGUCGGCCCCGGCCCUUUCUCCCCCGCUCCUGGGUACUUCCGCCAGGAUCUCUGCGUGCACAUAGACCGUCUUGCAUCUCUCUGCAUUGCAGCCCCUACUCUCGUAUAUACUUCUUCUGUCCUGUCCAGCUCUGUCCUGUUCAGCGCAUUUUGUUGCUCUUUUUCCCCCUUUCUCUUCGCAUUGUACUUGCUUUUGCAUCGCCAUAUCCAGUUCUCUCUUGCAAAAACCGAACAGGGGCCUCCGUUUUUGGGCCCAAUCGCCACUUUGUUCUGUCUUUGAAUACACAUGUUCGUCGCGAUCCCAACCACAAUCAAAGUCACCACGGCCGGAUCAACGGAGAGUCGGGGGCAGCCAGUGUCCUUUCUUU